UCACGUGAUCGAGCGACGAUCAGCUGCUCCCGGUCACGUGACUCGCUCUCUCAGCCGAGCAGCAGCAGCAGCAGCAGCAUGGCAUCUUCAAAGCAGAAGGCGGUGUAUUGGCUGGGAAACGAUACUCUGAGGGUCUCGGCCGCCCUGUUCGCAGAAAACCGAGAGCGUUUGUGUCGAGGCCUGAAAGCUGAGAAGGGGUUUCAGCCUGGAUCUGUGGUGCUUCUUCAAGGAGGAGAACAGAAGCAGAGAUACUGCACCGACACCGACAUGCUCUUCAGACAGGUGCUGCACGCUCAACACGAGUCAAAAACCCUUCCUCAUUCACUCCGAAGCGACUGAAAUCAAAUUAGAGAA